CCCCUCCCUUCUCACCACGAGAAAAAAAAACCUCCGCGCGAACAAUGUACAGCCCUCUCGGCAGCGGCUGCGCGUUCGCCGCCGGCUCCUCGUUCCCGACGCCGGCCGCUGCAGCGGCGUCGCGGUUGCCGGCGUCCACCCUUACCGCCGGGAAAUGGGCGGGCAGCAGGAGGAGGAGACCGGCGCGGACGGUUCUUGCGUGGGCGAGCUCGGAUGGCUCGGACGGUGGCGGCGCUGCUGGUUCGGUGGCGGCCGAGGCCUCCGCCGUGGGAGAGAGCAAGGAAGGAGAGGAAACCGGGGGAAGAGGCUCUUCCGCUGAGUCGUCGACGGAGAAGAAGCCGGCCCCCGUUGAUCCCAAGAUUGAGAAGGAGCUUAAGAAGGCAGUUCAGAAGACCGCUGCAACGUUUGCACCGAGGGCGUCCACUGCCACAAAGAACCCUGCAGUGCCUGGAUCAACCCUGUACUCUAUCUUUGAGGUCCAGGGAUAUGUCUCCAUGCUGUUGGGUGGAGCCCUUUCCUUCAACCUUGUGUUCCCAUCAAAUGAGCCAGAUAUUUGGAGGCUGAUGGGAAUGUGGUCCAUCUGGAUGUUCACUAUACCUUCUCUUCGGGCCCGUGACUGCUCAAACAAGGAGAAAGAGGCUCUCAAUUACUUGUUUCUGUUGGUCCCUCUAAUCAAUGUCACUAUCCCGUUCUUCGUGAAAUCCUUCGCUGUUGUCUGGUCAGCAGAUACCGUUGCGUUCUUUGUGAUGUAUGCAUGGAAGCUUGGGUGGCUGCAAAGGUCAGAGUGAACCAUUUCCUGACCAAAGGAGCAUUCGAACAGCAAAUUUUGCAUAUGUGAAUUUUGGAGGGCACGCCUACAUGCGUCGAUGAAAUUUUCCUAGAUUUAGUUGUGUACAUCCAUUGAGAGUGAAGAACCUUGCUUUCAUUGACAACAAAGUACUAUACAGAUGAACCUUGAACUGGCAAUAUUAGUGUUGACUGGAACUGAGGAUCUCCCAACCUUUUACUAUGGUUUCCCAGUAGAUCAUGUGUUAAGGUGAUACCUGCUGUUGUCAUGAAAAUCCAGCAUGUGAAAGUGUGCAUCAACAUAGGCAAUAUGUAUAUGGUUCAGUGCCUGAUUUGGGGGUAAAUAUUCUCACGAAGAAAGAUCAAACUGCACACAUCUCAUUCAUAUCUGGUGUCCUUGUUCCCCAGUUGAUUCCUCAAAGCAAGCUUGUGGCUCCCCGCUUUGAGAGCUCGAAAGCGUACUUUUCAUUUACGCUUUCGAACCAAAUAACUUCGCCUCACGCAGUUCGGACGCAAGCAGGUGAGCGAUUCGAGAAAAUUGAGAACCAUGGGCGGCUCCUCGAGCAACAGCGGCGCCCCGUCCGCGCCACCGCCGCCGCCGCCGCAACCCCUCCACGUGAUGGACGCGGACGAGGAGGACGAGAACGUGAAGCAGCUCAGCGAGUGCGCCGCCCUCUACCUCUCCCU